AUGAACGCUACAUUAAGCUACCCCUACUCCCUAAACGUUACUGAGAAGUUAAGGAACGGGACUCAAGGCGCGUCCCCGCCACCACAUCUAGUCGGCUACGAAAACAUCAUAGAUAACAAAUGGGUCCAGUCAGCUUUCUGUGUGAUAUACACUAUCAUUUUUGUUUUAGGUUUGCUCGGUAAUGUUUUAGUGUGCUUCGUUGUCGUACGAAAUAAAGCAAUGCAAACGGUUACCAACCUCUUCAUAAGCAAUUUAGCGUUAUCGGAUAUACUGCUCUGUUUAUUCGCAGUACCAUUCACACCUUUAUAUUCCUUCCGUGGUACAUGGAGUUGGGGUACUCUUUUAUGCCACAUGAUGCCUUCUGCCCAGGGUUGCAGCGUAUACAUAUCAACUUUAACACUUAUGUCUAUCGCGAUCGAUAGGUUUUUUGUAAUAAUAUACCCAUUCAGACCGAGAAUGAAGAUAGAAACGUGUAUCAUAGUGAUUAUUAUGAUAUGGAUAUUCUCUAUAACGGUCACUUUACCGUACGCUGUUUUUAUGUCUUAUUACGAUAUACAAAUCGGUAGGUUUUGCGAGGAAUCUUGGCCAACUGAAAAGUUGAGACGUAUCUUCGGUUCAGUAACCUCUAUUUUACAAUUUGUUUUACCGUUCAGCGUAAUUGCUAUAUGUUACACUUGUGUCAGCUUCAAAUUGAACGAUCGGGCGAAAGCUAAAGCCGCGAGUAAAAAUACUCGUAAAGAAGAGUUUGAUAAAUAUAGAAAGCGUCGAACGAAUCAAAUGCUGAUUACAAUGGUGACGAUAUUCGGUCUCUCGUGGCUGCCUUUGAACGUGACAAAUCUCUACAACGACUACUACAUAUACGCGAUUCACUCUAAAUACUAUUUUCUUAUAUUCUUCUUGUGUCACGUAAUAGCGAUGUCGUCGACAUGCUACAACCCUUUCAUUUACGCUUGGAUGAACGAGAACUUCAGGAAGGAGUUCAAGCAAUUGAUACCGUGCAUUGACACGUCUAUACAGCUCCGAAGCAAUAUACCAUUAGAGCAAUUAGGCAUGUUGCAGUCGGAGAAAACUUUUAACGGGAACACGGCGACCGAUAGCCUAGGUUCCAGUUCUCAAAGAGCACCUUCGUUUAGACAUAAAAGGAAGCCGAGCGCUGCAGCCGACGUUGAAAAGAGCGGUGUGGAAUUGAAUGAGGACUUAUUGACUGUGGAUGUGAAACAUUGUCAUAUAUCGACGAGCUAUAACCUGCGAAGGGAGUCUGUGAAACUGAGAUUGAUCAAUGAGGAGUCGUUUAGCAGUGGCCCGUCACAGAGUCAAUUCUAA